CGCGCAGGGCUCGGCGGCGGCGGGGAGCGAAAGCAGCCUGAGGCGGCGGCUGUAGCCACAGCCACCCUCCCACACAGCAUGUCGGGCACCCGGGCGUCCAACGACCGCAGCAGCCACCCCGCCGCCGGCGGCGGGCUGAAGCGGGCGCGCAGCGAGCCGGGCGGUAACAAAGUGACCGUGGUGCUGGGGGCGCAGUGGGGGGACGAAGGCAAGGGCAAGGUGGUCGACCUGCUGGCCACCGAGUCGGACAUUGUGUGCCGGUGCCAGGGUGGGAACAACGCAGGCCAUACUGUCGUCGUUGAUGGGAAAGAAUAUGAUUUUCACCUAUUUCCUAGUGGCAUCAUUAAUCCAAAGGCAAUUUCUUUUAUUGGUAAUGGAGUGGUUAUACAUUUACCAGGCCUGUUUGAAGAAGCUGAAAAGAAUGAAAAGAAAGGUUUAAAAGAUUGGGAGAAAAGACUGAUUAUAUCAGAUAGAGCACAUAUAGUGUUUGACUUUCACCAGGCAGUAGAUGGGCUCCAGGAAGUGCAGCGUCAAGCACAAGAAGGCAAAAAUAUUGGCACAACGAAGAAGGGGAUUGGACCAACAUAUUCUUCCAAAGCUGCACGAACAGGCCUUCGGAUUUGUGACCUCCUUUCUGACUUUGAUGAAUUUUCUUCAAGAUUUAAAAAUCUGGCACAGCAAUACAAGUCAAUGUUUCCCACGUUGGAAAUUGAUACAGAAGGACAACUGAAAAAGCUAAAGGGAUAUGCUGAAAAAAUAAGACCCAUGGUUCGAGAUGGUGUGUAUUUUAUGUAUGAAGCUCUUCAUGGCUCUCCAAAGAAGAUCCUUGUUGAAGGAGCCAAUGCAGCAUUACUUGAUAUUGACUUUGGCACGUAUCCCUUCGUGACCUCGUCGAACUGCACCGUGGGCGGUGUGUGCACCGGGCUUGGUGUCCCUCCCCAGCACGUGGGUGAUGUGUAUGGAGUGGUGAAGGCCUACACCACUCGGGUGGGAAUUGGAGCCUUCCCCACCGAGCAGAUUAAUGAAAUUGGAGAUCUUUUACAGUCCCGUGGCCACGAGUGGGGAGUAACUACAGGCAGAAAGAGACGCUGUGGCUGGUUAGAUCUUGUCAUUUUGAAAUAUGCUCAUAUGAUCAACGGAUUCACUGCUUUGGCAUUAACAAAACUGGAUAUUCUCGAUGUCCUUGAUGAAAUUAAAAUUGGUGUUGCCUACAAAUUGGGUGGAAAAAGAAUUCCAUAUUUUCCAGCUAAUCAGGAGAUACUACAGAAAGUGGAAGUAGAAUAUGAAACAAUGCCUGGGUGGAAGACGGACACAACUGGAGCACGAAAAUGGGAGGACCUCCCACCCAAGGCCCAGAAUUACAUCCGUUGUGUGGAAAACCAUGUUGGCGUGCCAGUUAAAUGGGUUGGAGUUGGGAAAUCAAGAGAGUCGAUGAUCCAGCUGUUCUAAACAAAUGAAGAACUCCAGUGAUGAGAAGCACAACGUGGCGUUCAUCAGUCCCUUACUGCUUCCCUCUUUAAAUGGAAAUGCUAUUUAAAACAAACAUAUUCUUCUAGGAAUUGAAUAGAAACACAACAUAUAUUCUGUAUUGUAACGUUUUAUUUAUCUUUAAGUUCUCGGUAAAUUCAGUGUAAAAUCUCCUUGUUGGCCAUCUUUAAAAAAAGUCCAAAAAGUAUUCCUAACAAAAUAAGGAAAGGUUUUUUUAAAUUUGAUCCAUGUUACUAUUUGGAAGUACUUUACACCUAUAUAGAGUUACCUCUUGUUGAAACCAGUAUUAAGCCUUUUCCAGUAGCUACUGGGUAACUUUAGAAUUGUGAAACUUGGAUUUGUUCUUCAACUUCAAAUGUUAAAAUGUCUGUAUAUCUGGGUUGGCAGUACUAAGAUAGGUACCAUGCACUGAAAUUGGUUGAAUUAUAAAGAUUUUCAGUUUCUAAAAUACAGCAAAGUUAGGUAGGUAUUUUUGACUGCACAAAGCAAAGCAAACACAAUUAUCUAUAAUUUUUAUAUAAUUACUUUUAAUGACCUAUUGAAAUGAAUGGAAAGCAGCUAAAAUAUAUUUCUUAUAAAGCCUAUUGUAGGAACUGAGAUAACAUCUGUAGCGGGGCCAAACUGGAGAAAGCUGACCUGUCUAAUAAUGCUUUGAACUAUCCUGUGUACUAACAGCCUGGAGGCUGUCAGGUGUGCAGCCUUUAUUUUAAGCAGUAGGGGAAAGGAGUGAGUGAAGGUGGAAGGAAGAGAGUCCUCAAGUUACAAAACACACAGGGAGAGUGGAGCUGAGACAGCACACUGCAUUUUCUCCAUGAACCUGAGACAUUUCUUCCUGCUAGUGCUGUGACUGUAGUUUCCAAAGUUUUACUGUAGUACUCUGUUGAGGAACUUGUGACUUGCAGUUCUGUGAGGCACUCACUUCCACAGCUCCUGGGUUUCCAAGAAUAAAUCAAGGCAUGACUCAAUGAUGACUGCUGCAGUAUUUACACCCCUCACUCAUUUUGACCUUCCUCAGCAAAAUGUAAUGACUAUUUAUAGAAAGGGAUGACAAGUGACAGCCAGGGUUGGGACAUGUAGAAACCAUGGAGAGAUCCCAGAAUCUUCAAGAAUACACUUGGAUUUCUUUGUGGAUCUUCUAAUUUAUAAUGGUUAUGCAUCAAGAGCUCUCAAAAAACUCCUCUUGUAGAGGAAAAAGAAUACACUAGAGAUGGGGUUAUUCCCUAUCUGUGAAAUUUUCCACAUAAAUGUUCCUUUUCUAUUUAUGCAUCAGAGAGCUAUGACAAUAUUUUUGUAUCAUUUCCAAGGGCUGUGGAAAUGGCAUCACAACCUCAGUAAUGCCAUUAUGCAGUGUGUGAAAAUAUCCCUUUUCGGAGAUGGUCACUCCAAGGGUGCAAACAAUUACACUCUUGGCAUUCCAGAUGGGGGAAAAGGAAAACCUGUCCGGAGAAUCUUGUGUCCUACUCAUCCCCUGUGUCUUUUCUCACUCAGUGUUGAACAGCAGAUAAUGUUUAAAGCCAUUUGUGUCAGGCAGGACUUAAAGAAGUACCAGUACAAAGCACUAAAGGUAGCUGUGUAUGGUUGUAUUGCUGCUUGUAAGGCAGAACUCUGACACCCUCCAGCUGCAGUGCAGUCUCUUCGUGCCCCAGUUCAUCAUGGACUCUGUCCCUUUUUCUCUAACAAAAAACAAACGAACAAAAAACCAAAACCAGAGCCCCAAACUGUGAAUCUUUAAUUCAGUGUCAACUUCCUUGGUCACCCUUGACAAAUUGUUUGAUCUCACUGCUGCUGUUUUUGCAAUCUGUAAAAAUGGCAAUUAGAAAAACAUCUUCACUGCCUUUUGGAGGUCCCUGGGUUGAGCCCUGCAGUUCUUCCUCUGAAUUGAUGAGGAAGCUCUCCCCAUCAUAUUUAUGGGUAUUCUAAUGGAAGAGCAAUGAGAUUUCUGACCUUAUUUAAUGUUUGCAAAGCACUUCUGAAAGGUGCUUGGUAAGUGCUAAUUAUUACAAGCACUGUGAAGUGUUCCUCAUUUAUAUGAGGUAAUUUAAGCAUAAAGAUGCUUGGAGGUAUAGUAAUUAAGUUUUGUUUUCACAUGGCUUAACCUUGUGACAUUUGCCUUCUGAAUGAUCUAGAGCCGUUCCUUUUCCUGGCCCCAUCUUCAUCAGUGCAUUUGUGCUAGGAGGUUUCUGCUGUAUUUAAGCUUUGGUUGAUUUAUAGGCAAAGUCCACAAUGACUAAGAAGCCACUCCGUGUGCUGAAUAACUGGAUUAAAUGAUCAACUCUAAACUGAGUAUUUGGCAUAUUGAAGAUAAUAGGUUUUAUAGUUUAAUUUUCACAGGAUUACUUUCUCUUGUUCACCUAAUCUUUUUAUUUUCCAUUUUCCAUUAAGUAUCUGUAAGAUCCACAUGGCCUGUCUUUGCUUCCAAGGAUUCAUCAAAAACCCAGUGAGGUUGUCAGUGGGCAUGAUGUAAUAGCCAAUUAUCCCAUGACUGUUACUGUAAAAGUAAUAUACAUUUCAUUUCAUAGCAUGGAUAUUUUAAAUGAAAGUUCUACUCCUAUUAAAUUUCAUGUGUUGUCAUUGAGUUAAAUGUGACUAAGUUCAGGCUUUUAUCAAAAAGUUCUUUAGUCUACUGAGUGACACAAUGCUUAAUAAGAACAUUUUAAUGUAGAUUUCCCUUCAUUUUGGCUGUUUCCCAUGUAUAUUGUUUUGUACUGUUUGGAAUUUCAUUUAAUAACAGUCACUGUGUUGAAUUUAACUACUUCUUUCUCCCCAGCCAAAUGCAAUAAUAAUGGCUAAAACUGGUUGAUGCAUCAUCCUGUUCAGUAUCUGGAUGGAAGAAUAAGGGUAAACAUUUACCAAAAUGCCAUAAUUUGUGAUAAAGGUUAUAGUUUUUUAAAAGUAGCAAUUACUGUUUCACACCUGCACAGUAAUGUGUUUGACAUAUUUUCUCACACUUACCCUUACAAUAUGGCCUUCUAGUCAGGUGUACACUUCCUAACACAUGCAGGAUAGGAAUUUGAAGAUUUUGUAAAGUUUUUAAUUUGGCUAUAUAUGGUCUUACAGUUCUGGCAUAAUGCACUUUAUAAAA